CAGUGCCCGGCUGCCUAAAUGCUCAGCUCCACUUCCUGCGCUCCUUGGUUGACGCAUGCGCAAAAACCACCAAGGCGACGAUCAUUCAUUCACCGAUUGCGGCAAGUCCGACUGCAAAUGGACGAAUAUAACAACGGCGAUGAGGUGGUCUUCAACGCUGACGAAGCCACAAACAACGUCAAGGAGUGCAUCGAGGGCGUCAUCGGCGGCGUGGACUACAGUCAGAGCAAAGUCAACCAGUGGAGCGCCGCCAUCGUGGAGCACUCCCUGACCCACCUGGUCAAACAGGGCCGGCCGUUCAAGUACAUCGUCAACUGCACCGUCAUGCAGAAGAGCGGCGCCGGUCUGCACACGGCAAAUUCCUGCUACUGGGACAACACUACGGAUGGAAGCUGCACGGUGCGGUGGGAGAACCGCACCAUGUACUGCGUGGUCAGCGUCUUUGCCAUCGCGAUAUAAACCCCCCCGCCGACCCCGUGACCCUCCGUCCGCUUCGGAAGCUUCCCGUAUUCCUCCCGUCGGUCGAACGUCCCGCGCCGGGAAGGAAAUCCCGUUUCCGGGUCGAGUCGAGCGCGUCGUGGCGACGCCUGGAGGAGCUGACGCAGUGCGGAUUGAACGCUCGUGUCGUGAGCCCCUUCAGCUCCUUUCACGCGUUGUGACGUCGGCUUGCCUGCCUUUACGUGCGCAAACAAACCAUUUCUUAUUUAUAAAUAACAUAAUUGUUGUUUGGUCCAUUUGUGUUCAAGAUUACAUCCUGAAUUGUUAUGUUUUGUUCCAGAAUUAAAUGGCUAAAAAAUA